UAGAAGCAUCUCCUUCUCCCUCAUCCCAUUCCACCAUCGUUGAAUUUCCUCUCUCUACACCAUUUUCUUCCAGAAAAACACGCACCACACGCACUCAAACUCCUCCCAUGCUUCUCCCCCCUCCCAUUCUCAGCAUUCUAGAGAGAUGAUGGGCGUGAUCGGCAGCCGCUGCUCCCACACUUCACACAUCACCGAGAUCAUCAUAACCAGCUUCUUCCGCCACAAAUUUCAUAGUUUACUCAUCUAGUUAGCUCUCCUGUGGUGUUAAAUUAGUUAUCGGAUGCCGCAGAUUCAAUCAUCAAUCCCUAAUACGGCAGAUUGUUGAAAUUGUUUAUUCGAUUCGAUUUUUACUGUACUAAUUUGAGUGUUAGGGUAUUGGAUAUGGCUGGUUCAGCAACGAUCUACGGCGGCGCCGAUGCUCCGAUUCAACGCAGAUUUGAUCAGCCUCUUGAUUCAAUUGCUGCAGAAAUCUCUCUUGGCUCGAAUACAAUGCUUAACUUCGGAGCUGGUGGUGGUGGGAAAAGAUCCAGAAACAUGGUUUACUCGUCUUUAGAUCAAGAGGAGUUCGGAGAAGAUUACUUGGAUGAGUAUUACAAUCAGCAAGAAAAGAAGAGGCGCCUUACUGUCGAGCAAGUCCAGUUUCUCGAGAGGAGCUUUGAGGCAGACAAUAGACUUGAACCCGAGAGGAAGACUCAGCUUGCUAAAGAGCUCGGGUUGCAGCCUCGGCAGAUUGCUGUGUGGUUCCAAAAUCGCAGGGCGCGCUGGAAGACAAAGCAGCUGGAAACAGAUUAUGAAACGUUUCAUGCAAGAUACGAGACCCUGAAAUCGAACUAUGAUAAUCUUUUGAAGGAGAACGAUAAAUUGAAGGAAGAGGUUCUUCGUCUCAAACAAAAAGACCUUGGUGGAGAUACAGAUAAAGAAAACCAACAAUUACUCGACUCUAAUGGACUGCCUGGAGUAAUUCCUGAAGAUGAAGACUCCAAUGUGCAGAGCUCAGCUAAAAGUGAAACGAGUAAUGUGGGCAGUCCGAGGUUGACUGAUGGGGUUAAGUCUCCUGGCUUGGAAUCGGGUGUUACAUCUCAUGCCUUUGGGUGCGACUACUCAGAUUCAUCGCGGAUUGGAGAAGACAACUUACAAGAGCCAGACUAUGUCCUUCCUCUGAGUUCCUUUUACCAUGGGUUUCCAGUUGAAGAUCAUGCCUUCAACUUCUGGGGAUAUUGAUAUCUAUGGCUAUGUGUGGGUACACAUUUUCCUUUACAAUUACUUGUUUUCAUAACAGAUCAAUACCCUACACACGCACAAAGACGCAUUCAUAUAGACUAUAAUGGCAAAAGGUUGUUUGUUCUUUACUUUGUGCUCUCUACCAAUAAUUGUUGCUUUUUUACAAGAUAUUAUUGUGUCAAAAAAUAUUGUUCAAGGCUGAAUUUAGCUGUUUUUGUUAAUGAUAAUUGUAGUUAUUGUUGUUGUGAUGA